AUGUUUUUAGAGAACUUGGCAUUAAAAGGAACAGCUGUACAGUCGUCCACAUAUUACAGUGCUGCACAGGCCAUUGAUGGCAUCAGAUAUGCUCCAGGUGUAGCCCAUACAUACUGUUCCAUCACAGGAUAUGAGCUCAACCCGUGGUGGAGGCUGGACCUGCUGGAUUAUUACAAAAUUUACAAAGUGACCGUCACCAACAGAGCCGACUGCUGUCUGGCUCAAACAACUGGAGUAGAGAUCCGCAUCGGAAACUCUCUGGAAAACAACGGAAACAACAAUCCCAGAUGUGGUGUCACUUCACUUGUCCCAGCAGGCACUUCUGUCAGUUUCUCUUGUGGGGGAAUGGAAGGUCGUUAUGUGAACAUGUACCUUCCUAACAUCCAGAUGUGGCUCUCGCUGUGUGAGGUGGAGGUUUAUGGAACAGUGAAAUUUGGAAACACAGCUCAUAAAGAUGUCCCUUUUAAGCCCAGCAUCUAUCUGUUGGUCGACUUUGCAUGA